AUGGGUCGAGCAGAGGUCGUGCAGAAGCGCCAAAAGGCGGCUAUCAUGGCGCUAAGGGUGGCGGCUUUGCUGGCUACCGCAGCUGCAACCAUUGUGAUGGCACUUAACAAGGAAACCAGAACUUUCGUAGUUGGCACCGUUGGUACAACCCCUGUUACUGCCUCUGUCACGGCUAAGUUCCAACAUACCCCUGCAAAUGUGUUCUUUGUGAUAGCCAACGCAAUGGCGAGCAACCACAAUUUGAUGAUGAUUGGUUCCGACCUGUUCGGCCUUGAAUUCAAAGGGUUCAAACUGCCCUUGGUAGCCGUUCUCGAUAUGUUAAACGCGGCACUGCUGUCAGCGGGGGUGCAUGGGGCGGCUUUCAUGGCGCAGCUGGCGAAGAACGGCAACUCGCACGCACGGUGGAACGAGAUCUGCGACAACUUCCAAGGUUACUGCAACCGCGGCGGAGUAGCCAUUCUUGCCGCCUACGUCGGGCUUCUCCUGACGCUCGGCAUCACCGUGGUGUCCAUUGUGAAGCUCCUGAAGCCCAAGCCCAAGCCACAGUCCCAACCUCUGGCCUCUGAGAUUGAAGUCCCAUGAUGAUGAAGAAGCAGAGUCUUAUGCAGCCGCCGCUGACCAUAUGGGCUUCUUUCUUCUUCGGCCCAAUUGUGUGUUAAUGUCCUAUCAACAGCUGCAG